AUGAAUACUCAUAGCAUGAAGAGGAGGAAGGUCGAGGUGUUCCACCAUGAUUGCAUCUCGCAUUUGAAUGGAUCUGUGUCCGAUGGGGGGGAUGAGGAGUUGGAGGAGCAGUCGCCGGAGGGAAUCGAGGAGAUACCCUGGCUGCAAAUGAAGCGAGAGAUGGGCGCCAUGAAUCGAACGCUGGACGAGAUACAGGCCCACUUGGCCAUCGAUUCCCAGGAGCGGGCAUCGAAAGUGGAUGGUGGCAGGGGGCAGAAGGAGGAGGUGGAGGAGGAGGCGACCAAGGGUCUGGAACCGGAGGACUCGCGCUGGAUGAUCAUGCAUGGUAGCAGGGAUUCGACCGUGCGUGGCCUGCAAUGGAAUAACCUACGCAUUCGCAGGCAACUGGAGGCUCUAGUUCGCUGCUCGGAGCUGGGUAGAGCACGCAUCUCGGCACUGGAUCGUCUGUUCCAGCGGCAGAAGAAGGCCCUGCUCGAGGGUCGCCAGGAGCACGAGCGCGUCCUCUCCUUCCACCUGACCAAGCAACUGGAGGCGGGCAAGUGCCUGCAGCGCUAUCGCUACGCCCGCGACUUGUACGCCAGCUGGCGGGAGCUCUUCAAGAUGGGUCGCCAUCUGAAGGAGGCAUACAAGAAGAUACUCGAGCGCACCCAGACCCGCUUGGAGUAUGCGGACAUCAAGCGGCAGGCAAUCGAGGAGAUGACGGUGGCCCACGAGAUGUGCUUGGGCUCGACGCGAAGUCUGCUCGCCCGCGUACGAGAAUUGGAACUCGGCCUGGCACCACUGGGCUUCACCAGGCCAUCGGUCACGUCCCGGAAGAUGGGUAGUCUCGGUGCAACUGGCGCCGGUCACAGCGAGGGCAAACGCGCUGAGGAGUAUCCCGGCAAAGCGGUCUGGGUGAAGGCCAAAACCUGGCAGCGUCGUUCCUACCGCACCGUCAUGUUCUCCCGCGGCGAACUGCUCGAGCUGCCGGUGGUUGUGCCGCCCGUGCAGAAGACUUGGUACGGCAAAAUGCUGCACAUGCUGCACAAUCCUCCCAAAAUCUAUUAGUGUGUUUGCCAAUGUUUCGCUAAUUUGAAAAAACGAAAUACUUAAUUCAAAAUAUAUAACAGUUACAGUUUUUGUAA